AUGAUGUCCAUGAACAGCAAGCAGCCCCACUUCGCCAUGCACCCGACACUGCCGGAGCACAAGUACCCUUCGCUGCACUCCAGCUCGGAAGCCAUCCGGAGAGCAUGCCUCCCAACUCCGCCGCUGCAGGGCAAUCUCUUCGCCACCCUGGACGAGACGUUGCUGGCGCGGGCAGAGGCGCUGGCCGCCGUGGACAUCGCCGUCUCGCAGGGCAAAAGCCACCCUUUCAAGCCGGACGCCACCUACCACACCAUGAACAGCGUGCCCUGCACCUCCACCUCCACGGUGCCCUUGGGCCACCACCACCACCACCACCAUCACCACCACCAGGCGCUGGAACCGGGCGACUUGCUGGAGCACAUCAGCUCGCCUUCGCUGGCGCUCAUGACCGGCGGCGGGGCGCACGAGGGGGCGGCCGGCGGGGGCGCAGGCGGCGGCGGCGGAGGAGGCGGCGGAGGAGGAGGAGGCGGAGGAGGGUUGAUCUCGUCCGCCCACCCGCACUCGCACAUGCACGGCUUGGGCCACCUGGCGCACCCGGCGGCCGCCGCGGCCAUGAACAUGCCUUCGGGCCUCCCGCACCCGGGCUUGGUGGCGCACCACGGGGGCGCAGCCGGCCAGGCCGCCGCGGCGGCCGCUGCAGCCGCUGCAGCCGCGGGCGCCGCCGGCUUGGCUUCCAUCUGCGACUCGGACACGGACCCCCGCGAGCUGGAGGCCUUCGCGGAGCGCUUCAAGCAGCGGCGGAUCAAGCUGGGCGUGACGCAGGCCGACGUGGGCUCGGCCCUGGCCAACCUCAAGAUCCCCGGCGUGGGGUCGCUGAGCCAGAGCACCAUCUGCCGCUUCGAGUCGCUCACGCUCUCGCACAACAACAUGAUCGCGCUCAAGCCCAUCCUGCAGGCCUGGCUGGAGGAGGCCGAGGGCGCCCAGCGCGAGAAAAUGAACAAGCCCGAGCUGUUCAACGGCGGCGAGAAGAAGCGCAAGCGGACUUCCAUCGCGGCGCCGGAGAAGCGCUCCCUCGAGGCUUACUUCGCCGUCCAGCCGCGGCCCUCCUCGGAGAAGAUCGCCGCCAUCGCCGAGAAACUGGACCUCAAAAAGAACGUGGUGAGGGUUUGGUUUUGCAACCAGAGACAGAAGCAGAAACGCAUGAAGUUCUCCGCCACCUACUGA